GGAGGGGCCUCCCCUCAGCAACGGCCCGCUGGCGGGAGGGGGGCGCCGCGCGUCAGCGUCACGUGGCCGGGGCAGGCGGGCGGGUGCGCGUGACGCAGCUUCCUCCGGCACCGGCGCGUCCGGCGUGACGCUGCACGGAGGGGCCGCGCGCCCCGCCCCGCCCGCCCUCGCUCGCUCUCGCGGCGCGCCGGGGGCGGGGCCAGCGGCCUGAGGCGCCCGCACCGGGGCUGAGGCGGCGGCCGGUGGAGAGCGGCUCUUCUCGGCUGUUCGUCUGCCCGGGGUUCGGCGCCUUACCCGCCGGCCGGGGGCUGCGCUGUGCUCGUCCGGGAGGGUCUGGGCUCGGCUCUCGCCGCCGGGGGCAGGUCGGUGCCCGGCAGCGGUACAGCUAAAAGCUGAAGCCAUAAUGCACCCGUGAGCGAGUAGCGCCAGUAAUGUACAUCAAUGGCUUCUGUGCCAGUAAUUCCAGACUCUUACAACCAUGUGCUGGCAGAGUUUGAAUGUUUGGAUCCAUUGCUUUCUGCACUCAGGUUGGAUUCUUGUCGUCUGAAGUGCACGUGUAUAGCUGUGUCGAAGAGAUGGCUAGCUCUGGGCAGUUCGGGAGGAGGACUGAAUCUUAUACAGAAAGAUGGUUGGAAGCAAAGACUCUUUCUCACUCAUAAGGAAGGUGCCAUUUCCCGGGUUGCCUGUUGUUUGCAUGAUGAAGACUAUGUUGCUGUUGCCACCAGCCAAGGUCUUGUAGUAGUCUGGGAGCUGAAUCAGGAGCGUCGUGGGAAGCCAGAACGCAUUUAUGUUUCCUCUGAGCAUAAGGGCAGAAAAAUCACAGCUCUAUGUUGGGAUACAGCUGCCCUUCGUGUUUUUGUAGGAGAUCAUGUGGGAAAAGUAUCAGCCAUCAAGAUUAACACAUCGAAACAAGGGAAGGCUGCUGCUACUUUUGUGAUGUUUCCUGUUCAGAUUAUAACCACUGUAGAUUCUCGGGUUGUUCAGCUUGAUUAUUUGGAUGGAAGACUGCUCAUAUCUUCACUUACACGCACGUAUUUGUGUGACACAGAGAGAGAGAAGUUCUGGAAAAUUGGUAAUAAGGAGAGAGAUGGAGAAUUUGGAGCAUGUUUCUUCCCUGUUGGAAAAAACAGUGGGAAUCAGCAGCCAUUAAUAUAUUGUGCUCGUCCUGGCUCAAGGAUGUGGGAGGUGAACUUUGACGGGGAAGUGCAAAGCACACAUCAGUUCAAGCAUCUGCUCUCAUCACCGCCUCUCCCUGUUGUUUCUCUCAGGCAGGAUCCUCAUUAUACUAGUUCCAGCUGCGCUCCACAAUCUUUAUCUUUCCCCAAGCUACUGUAUUUGACUGAGCACUGUGUGAUGACCUGGACAGAAAGAGGCAUAUAUAUUUUUCUUCCACAAAGUGUUCAAGUCUUACUCUGGAGUGAAGUAAAAGAUAUUCAGGAUAUUGCAGUUUACAAAAGUGAGUUGUUCUGUCUCCAUACAAAUGGAAAAGUUGGACACCUCUCCCUUCUGCUGGUAGACCGCUGCAUAGACCGUCUGAUAAGAAGAGGGUUCUGGAGCCUUGCUGCCAGGGUCUGUUGCCUCUUCCAAAAUUCAAUUAUUUCUUGCAGAGCAAGAAAAAAUUUGUCUUUAGACAAGCUGGAGCACUUGAAGUCUCAGCUGGAUGCCUCAACUCAGCAAGAUCUCAUGACACAACUGGAAGAACUAAUUUCUAAGUUGGAACCUAUGGAUUCUGCAUGCAGCAGUAGAAGGAGUAGUAUUUCAUCUCAUGAAAGCUUCAGUGUCUUAGACUCUGGAAUAUAUCGUGUUAUCAGUCGAAGAGGCAGUCAGUCAGAUGAAGAUUCAUGUUCUCUCCACAGCCAAACUUUCUCAGAAGAUGAGAGACUUAAAGAAUUUCCUGCCCACCAGGAAGAUGAGCAAGUAGAACUUGACAACGUAUCUCAUGCAUCUGUGACGGUUGAGGCUGACCGGAAUGAGACAUUUCUCCCAUUCAGUAUUCCUUUGUCAUUUCGUUCCCCAUCUCCUCUCGUCUCUCUCCAAGCUGUCAAAGAAAGUGUUUCCAGCUUUGUACGCAAAACUACUGAAAAGAUUGGCACACUUCAUAUAAGUCCUGAUACUAGAGGGAGGCAAGAAGUAAAGGAUGAUGAGCAGCUGCAGGAGUUGACUGUUAACCUGGCAGCAUCUCCCCAGGAAGAAAAAGAGUUAGAACCACAGAGCUGCCAGCUUCCAGAGGAAGACUGUCUAGGAGAUCUCAAGGCUGCAACAGCAGAAGCUAUAGCCAAACUCCAGGAUCCCCUGGUUUUGUUAGAACCACCGUGUAUGAGGAGGGUUUUACGGGAAUGGCUAGUCCAUCUAGAAGAAAAGUUUGGCAGCAAAGAGCCUUCAGCUUCCCCUAUUAAGAAAAGCAAGACUGUGUGCGCUGAAGAACAGGGGGCAGUCCUGGAGGAAAACCUACAAUUGGAUCCAACUCAUGAAGACUCAGUAGACAAAGAACAUGGUAGUAUCGUGGAAGACUGCACUAAAAAGGAAAAUACUGAUGAAACCUGUGAAAGCAAAACCACAUGUGAAAAUAGUACUGACUUGAAGGGACCUUUGGACUGCGGCUUUCAAGUGUCUUCUCCAUGUGUCAUAGAAGUGGAUGUUCAGAAAGAUCUCGUUGAAUUGACAACACUGUGUUUUGAGCUGUGUGUCUUUACUUGUGGAAAUGGUGAUGCUGAGGAAAGCUCUGAUGGAAGUCUGCCACUAGCAGCUUCGUCGACCUUGGCUUGUAGGUUUAUGCGAAGCUACUUCUUUCUUUUGGAUUUAAAAAGACUAAAGCAGUGUAUUAUAACCAUGUAUGCAACCAGUCCUAAUGUGUGGGAAACGUACAUUGCAGGACUAAAAGAACUAACUUGUCACAGUCCAGUGGCUUUAGCAAUGGAAAGUGAAGAUAUGUUGAAAAUGCUGAAACAGCUGCAUGACCUGGGGCCUUGGGAUGAUAGCCCGCUGUUAUUGGUACAUGCUCAAAGGCUUUAUGAAAAAUUUGGGGAAACAGCCCUUCGGCCCUUGAUCAAGUUCCACCCCUCUAUUUUGCCUUCUGAUAUCAAACAGCUUUGCAGGAAUGAUCCAGCUCACUUUUUAGCAUAUUUAGAUAGUCUGGUGAAAUCAAAGCCAGAGGAUAAAAGGUCAUCUCUCCUUAGAUCUCUUCUGCAGCCUGAAUCUGUACGACUGGAUUGGUUGUGUUUGGCAGUUUCUCAUGAUGCACCACAAAGAGCAAAUACUGUGGAUGCAGAAGGAAAUCCCAGGCCACGAUCGCAUUUGUUUACUUGGGGCUACAGCCAGCUCAUUUUGCUUUUGAUUAAACUCCCAGCUGACUUUGUUACAAAAGAGAAGAUGGCUGACAUCUGUAAAUCACACGGAUUUUGGCCUGGGUAUCUUUUUCUCUGUCUGGAGCUGGAUAGAAGAGCAGAAGCCUUUACUAAUAUUGCUCAUUUGGAUGAUUUGAGCCUGUUGAAUGGAGAAGAUGGUUCCAUUCCAGAGACCAUAGAAGAAUGGAAGUUUCUUCUGCAUCUUGCACAAAAACACAGCACAGCUUUCCACCACCAUGACUCACAGAAUGGGAAUGCUGUCAGCAAUGGUAGUCUGAGCUGCCCAGAUUGCAUCACCGUGGAAAACGUAGCACUCUUACUGGCCAAGGCUAUUGGCCCAAAUCGUGCCUUGCCUCUCCUGCAGGAGUGUGGCUUGAUGCUAGAAUUGUCUGAGAGGUUUACUGGUGUCUGCGAGAUACUGAGAAUUGCUGAGAAAAGGCAAAGAGCGCUGAUUCAGUCCAUGUUGGAAAGGUGUGACCGGUUUUUGUGGUCUCAGCAAGCAUAGAAAACAACUUGGAAAACCUUGGGACCAUUUUUUACUAUAAUGUUUGUAUAUUAAAGUGCCUCUCAAACAUAACAGACUCUUAAAGAAAUGAACUGUCUAAAAGUUCAGUUAUAUUAAGCCAGUCUCUAUCUGGCAGGUAUCUGACCAGGAACUGUUGACAAUUCUUCCUUAUUCCUUUGGAGAUGAGUUUUGAACUGUAGAACUUAAAUCCAGACAAUCCAGUAUUUAUCGGGAUGUUAAGCUGAUAUGUAUCUGAAGUGAAAAUUCCUGAAUUUAUUUUCCAAGUCAAUAUGACUUAAGUGUUAAGGGUAUGAGCCCCCAGGUAUUAAAUUAUGGUAUUUAAGAUGUUUGUUGCACACAUAAGAAGCCAUUCCUCAGAAAUAUCUAAGCCUGUACUUGUUUAGUUUUCCUGUAAAUAACAUCAACUUUUUCAAAUUACUGUAGAAGUGCUUUGUACGAUACCUUUUAUUUUCUCUCUUAAAUUACAUCACCUGGUCUUGCACAUUUGAAAUGCAUUAAUCAAGCCAAGUCUUAAAAUGGGAGGGAAAUACUUUCAAGAGUGGAUUAAUGGUUAAGAAGGCUGACAAACAACAGAAAUUGUUACAUGAACUCACUGUUAAACUGUAACUGUGGUACUUCUAAAUUGCCAUGACUGUAGAUAUCAGUUGUAAUAUUUCAACAAACCUUCAGAACAGUGGGAUUCCUAUAAUCAUAGAACUGUUUAGUUGGGAAAAGACCUCUUAAGUUCAUUAAGUCCAACCAUAAACCUACCACUGCCAAGUCCACCACUAAACCAUAUCCCCAAGCGCCACGUCUGCGCAGCUUUUAAAUACCUCCAGGGAUGGUGACUCCACCACCUCCCCAGGCAGCCUGUGCCAGGGCUUGACCGCCCUUUCAGUGAGGAAAUUUUUUCCCAAUAUCCAACCUAAACCUGCCCUGGUGCCAGUUGAGGCCAUUUUCUCUCGUCCUGUCGCUCGUUACCUGGGAAGAGAGACCGACCCCCGCCUGUCCACAGCCUCCUGUCAGGGAGCCGUAGAGAGCGAUCGUCUGCCCCGAGCCUCCUUUUCUCCAGACUCAACACCCCCAGUUCCCUCAGCCGCUCCUCACAAGACCUGCCCUCCAGACCCCUCACCAGCUCUGUUGCCCGUCUCUGGACGCGCUCCAGCACCUCAGUGUCUGUCUUGCAGUGAGGGGCCCAAAACUGAACCCAGGAUUCGAGGUGCGGCCUCACCAGUGCUGAGCACAGGGGCACGGUCGCUGCCCUGGUCCUGCUGGCCACGCUGUUACUGUUACAAGCCAGGAUACUGUUGGCCACCAUGGUCCUGCUGGCCACGCUAUUACUGUUACAAGCCAGGAUACUGUUGGCCACCAUGGCCACCUGGGCACACUGCUGGCUCAUGUUCAGCCGGCCACCAGCCAGCACUCUGAAGUCCUUUCCCACCAGGCAGCUUCCCAGCCGCUCUGCCCCAAGCCUGUAGCGCUGUGUGGGGUUGUUGUGACCCAAGUUCAGGAUCCAGCACUUCUCCUGGCUGAACCUCAUACAAUUGGCCUCAGCCCAGCCUGCCCAGACCCCUCUGCAGAGCCUGCCUGCCUCCAGCAGAUCAACACAUCCCCCAACUUGGUGCUGCAAACAUACUGAGGGUGCACUCGAUCCCUUCAUCCACAUCAUUGAUAAAGAUACUAAGCAGGACCGGCCCCAGCACUGAGCCCUGGGGACGCCGCUUGUGCCUGGUGCCAGCGGGGUGUAACUCCAUUCCCCGCCGUGCCUUGGGCUGGGCCAGCCAGCUGCUUACCCAGCAAAACAAACACCCCUCCAAGCCAUAAGCAGUCAGUUUCUCCAGUAUGCUGUGGGAAACAGUUGUCUGCGAAACGCUUUACUAAAGUUCAGGUAAACUGGUAAUUCCACAAGGAAUUUUGACAUUGUGGAAGGGGAGGAGGGCUGCAUGUCUUAUUUUAAUAAUCUUUUUUUUUUUUUUAAUAGCUGAAGGUUUAGAGAGGUGUUUUUAGAUGGAUGCUGUCAAGGAAGAAGUCCCUUUAAAUAUCUGCUAGAAUAUGAAGAUUGAUAAAAUCACUUGGAUUUUAUCUCUCAUUACAGAACUAUGCUUCGUACCGGUGCUCUUCCUGCAUGUGAUGUUUUUGAACAAGUUUCUUUUUAGGCUUCUUAGUUUCAGCCCUCUUCACUGUCAGACACUCACAUUUUUAGUAGAAGGUCACAGCAUCUGGUCAGUAUUUGAUUUUCACAAAUAUUAUUUAAAGAAAAAAUUAACACAUGCAUUGAAACUAAAUUUUAUGAAAAUCUGUAAUUUUAUCAUUAAAUUACUUGAAAAUAUUUCUUUAUAUAGCAUCUUUUUAUGUAGUCUUUGCAGCUUUGUGCUGGAAAAUAAUGCUUUUUGGCAAAAUAGGACUUAAUACAGCUUUCAGACUUUUGAGGGGUGCAGUCUGACUCUACAUCUCAAUUGCAAGAAAGACUUUAUUGUGGAGCGUUGGUUACUUCGCUAGAGGAAAUGAAGUUACAGGGAGACAAUUAAUGGUAGGCUUUCAGCUGUUAAUAGUGUCACUUGUGAAACAGCUAAUAUAGUAGUACGUCUAAAAAAGAAAAUGUUAAAUCCUUUAGGGUUUAGACCUUGACAUCAGAAACACCCCAAGGCCUUACAGUAAAACUUGGAAUAGGAGCCAGGCUGCUGCAGCGUGUGAUGAGGUUACACGGAUGCCGUGGCGCUGGUGCCUGUUCUCUUGCCUGCCCAGUGAGCAUGCUGCUACCUCAGUGGCUGUUGCAUUUAACUAACUCCAUUUUGUACAGUGUGUCAGUGUAGUAUAGCUUCAGCUGAGUACUUGUGUUGCCCAUCUUAGAGGAAGUUGGCUGACUUUCCUGGGAUGUACCUGCCUUAUAUCUGUAUGUAACAGUUCCAUUUUAUACGCUCUGUGUGUUUUGUGUACACAACAGUGUGUGUCUUGCUUCAGUGGGACUUUUGUAUGCUUGGUUAACUUUGACUGAGGGCUGGGGCUUUUUUGGGUGGUUCUGUUUUGGUUUGGUUUUUUUUUUUUUUGCAAUAAAUCAUAACUUUCCA